GUGACUUUGUUAUCCCCCACUGAUCGACAUAACCUCCCCACUCAAAUCUACCCUUAUUUGCCGAAGCAGAAUAUACUGCAAAUAUUCCUAAGGUUCUGAAUAAAAAUCUCUGAAAAGUUGUCUCAUCCCAAUUAAUCUCCGGGAUUGCUGAGAUAAUUGCCGGCAUAUGAUUCCUUCAGGUUUCCAUAAAAAUUUGACGUUUUCAUAAACCAUUAUAACCCCCCACCAUUGGCACUUGUGCGUACUUUUUACACGUUGCUAACUUGUCACAACGAGCACACACUAUUGCUCCAGCAGAGAAUAUACUGAGUGCGGCUACAACGCAAAGGACCCCAAAGCGAAUGAAGAUUGAAGACCUUCACUUGCUACCACGAGGUGUGUGUAUCAGGAAUGUGUAGAGUAUAGUUUAUGUACAUGGUACGGGUACGAGUGGAAAGGACCGCGGAAGUCAUCUCAACCGAUUGUUUUCGAGAUUUUCCACCGUCCUCCAGUGCAUGCGAUCAGCAGCCAAUUAAUCCCAGAUCAAAGUGCAGAGCAAUCUCUUCACAAAAGGACAAGUGAAAGUUUUUUUUUCAAUGUUUGAAUUAUUGGUGCUGGUCGAGUGAGUUGCGAUGCAACGCCUGUGCUAGAGUGAGAGGGCUAGAAAAAAAAGCGUAAAAAACGGGGUUGAGAACUCAGUAGGCGUUGUUGCUGUCACUUGGCUUCUCUGAUAUUGUAAAGCCACCACCAGGUUCAUGGAAUGCGCCACAACCCCAGUUGACGUAGUCAUGUGAUAAUACACUUGUGCAAUUUCUCUUUGAAGACUACAAAUAAAAAAUUGCAUAGAUUGUGGUUGCCUCGAAAAACGAAAGAUGUUCACGAAAAAGAAGAAGAAACCCCAGAUUUCAACACCCACAAAUUUUGAACACCGAGUCCACACGGGGUUUGAUAAACGUGAGGGUAAAUUUGUCGGUUUACCACUGCAAUGGGCAUCAAUUGUUGGUAAUAAUCAGAUACUCAAGUCAUCAAAUAGACCUCUACCUCUGGUUGAUCCCAGCGAAAUUACGCUAACUGAGAUAUUGGACUUGAAAACAAUUGUACGGGGCCAUAAUGAUCCAAGACUUCGAACUGGUAGAGCAGUCGUCGGCGAAAAAACAGAAAAUGGUUUGCCGAAAAUGAGCACCGUUGCUAGGUCCAACUCAUUGAGGUCUUCUAGUCCACCUCGACUUAGACGGGAUUACAGAAAUAAUACGAAUUUACCGCCAUCAGUGCCUGAAGGUCACGAAAUGUCUCCAAGUCCCAGUAGCUACCAUCAGCUAUAUCCGCCAUCUGAUCCUGUUAAGAAUCAUGGAAUUUCUGAUAAGAUCCGUCAGAAUACGGAGAACGUCGGGCCUGGGCUCAAUUCAAAUUUGCACAGUAUCAUUCCUAACUUGCAGAACAUGAAUCCGAACAUGCAGUCCUCACCGAAUCUCACUCACUCCAAUCUCAAUGCACCUAAUCUCUCAAUGAACUUCCAAAAUCUGAGCCCAAUUCCAAAUAAUCAGACUUCGGGAAAUAGUGUUCAACAGGGUGUGCAGGACAAUGAUUUCCAGAGGGUAAAUCCAUCAUCUUCGAUGAAUCUACCUGGCCAAUGGAAUAAUGGGAAUAAUCAGGGAGGAUCUACAGACAUGAUGCUGCAUAAAAUUCCUACGAAAGCUUCACCAGUCGGCUCAAUCGCUUCUCAGCGUCCUUUGAGCCAACUGAGCUCGCACUACGGGAAUAAACCUACCCCAGGUCCUCAAAAUUCAUACGGUUUGUCGGAAAAUCCUACAGCAUCACCAGCAACUGUUCCACCAGCUGCAAAUCCAUCCCAGCAUGGACAUUUUGGAAAACCACUGGAAACUACUCAAUCACAAUCAAUGCAUAAUCUGUCCAAAGUGACGGCAGGGCCAGGAAUAAGUCCUGAUCAGAAUCAAAAUUUGAAAUCAGCUGCCUCGUCCGGUAACAUAUCAAUUGGUCAACACAUGAAUUCACAGAAUAAACAAAAUGCAGAUCAAAGACUCACUCACGAGCAAUUCAGAACAGCUCUGCAAAUGGUGGUGAGUCGUGGGGAUCCGCGAGACAAUUUGGAUAAUUUUUUGAAAAUUGGAGAAGGCAGUACUGGCACAGUUUGCAUAGCAACGGAUAAAAAAACAAAUCGCCAAGUGGCGGUGAAGAAAAUGGAUCUGCGAAAACAACAGAGACGUGAAUUGCUAUUCAACGAAGUCGUCAUAAUGCGCGACUAUCAUCAUCCUAAUAUUGUUGAGAUGUAUGACAGUUUCCUUGUUGAUGACGAGCUUUGGGUCGUAAUGGAGUACUUAGAAGGUGGUGCCCUGACAGAUAUUGUCACUCACUCACGUAUGGAUGAAAGCCAAAUAGCAACUGUUUGCUCUCAGUGCCUAAAACCACUUGCUUAUCUCCAUUCCCAAGGGGUUAUUCAUCGGGAUAUAAAAUCCGAUUCGAUACUGCUCACUGCUGAUGGCAGAGUUAAAUUAUCAGACUUUGGAUUUUGUGCUCAAGUGUCUCAAGAGCUACCGAAGCGAAAAUCGUUGGUGGGUACACCGUAUUGGAUGAGCCCUGAAGUUAUCUCGAGAUUGCCUUAUGGACCUGAGGUGGAUAUAUGGUCCCUGGGAAUUAUGAUUAUUGAGAUGGUCGAUGGAGAGCCACCGUUUUUCAAUGAACCACCGUUGCAGGCCAUGAGGCGCAUUCGAGAUAUGCCACCACCAAAAUUGAAAAAUUCUCAUAAGGUGAGUCCAAGGCUCCAAGGCUUCCUCGAGAGAAUGCUGGUGCGUGAUCCAGCACAACGUGCCACUGCAGCAGAAUUAUUACAGCAUCCAUUCUUGCGACAAGCACAGAAUCCGACAAUUCUGAUACCCCUCAUGCGGGGUGCUCGACAUACCAACUGUUGAUGCACUCGUGUUCUGCAUGAUAAAAGAGGAAUCGAUUAGGUAUUCACGAUUGGACAAACAUCGUUCAAUAUUGUUGAAGGAAUCGUCAGGACUACGGUGACAGCACACCACAACGAUGUGCUAUUUGCUCAUAAACAAGUGUACAGUAACUCUAGAAUUUGCACGUCCUGUUAUCUGAACUCAUUCAGUUAUUUGAAACACAUAGAGAAAAGAACAAUGGAGUUCCCAAACGAGUCUUGCAUACGCUGUUCUAGAGGAAUUACGAAUUAGAGUUGUUGGACGAUUUUUGAAUCAUUGAGAUGGGGAUAUGAUGGUUCCCAUGCCUUCAAAAAUAUUUUAUUUGUUUGAUAGAAAAAAUUUGACUUCAAAAUGAAACAGUCAUUCAAUUGAGAAAUAACUCAACGCAGUCAAAACUUCUAAUUUCUGAAUGACUGAAUUUUAUUUUUUUUUAAUUAUUAAAUGUUGAUUAAUAGAGAAAAAAUUGAUGCCAUUAAAAUAUAAGAAUAAUAUUAUGGAAUAAUCAAAUAAUCAUUACAAUUUUCAUUUCAUUAUUUCAGGAAUAUUUAAUCAAAGUUGAAGUCGUUCAGAAAGUGACCUGUUGGCCCCAAUAAUGGUACACAAAAAAUAAAUCCUUGAGUAAAAUAAUGAUUGCGGUAUCUCAAUCAUGUUACUUAGGUACAAAGCAUUUCGUGAUAAUUUUGUUUCUGUCAAUUAUCUGCCUCUUCAGCUGAAUACUUUGUUCAUGUUUGAGACUUUCAAAUGCCAACGAAACUACUUCUUUUUUGUAAUUUUCAACUAUCCAUUUUGUUGGUCCAAACAAGACUUCUUUGGGAACGUGUAUGUUUUUCUCUGAGUGUAGCGCAUAACCAACUCAUGAAAAUGUGGCCCAAUAUGGAUUCUCACCACAACCAAAUCCGUGAGAUCUAACAUUCCAAUCAUUCUCUAUAUUUUCUUACACUUUUUUUUCACUUCUCCUGAAGUGCAGAGCUGAAUUCUCACCUUAUUCGAAUUCCCACAUGACGAAUGGGACAUAAAUUUAAGUUUAUAAGAACGUUGCUAUAUUUAUGAUUCUUUAUUUAAAUUUACAAAACAAGUGCCUUGAAAGAUACAGAAAAAAUGUGAAUAUACAUGCUGAAAAUGCAUCAUCGAGCUUACUGCAUGGAAGCCACUAAGAAAAUAUCAAAUAAUAAGUCCUGUUUGCAGAAAUAUUGGAAAUUUUAGACCUACGAUUAACUAGUAUUUAUAGACCUUAAAAUAACCCGCGUUUUAUUACUGUAAAAAAAAACUAAUUUGUAUAAACAAAUUUAUCAACAAUAUGGGCAAUUGACAGCCCAUAAUUGACUGUUCUUCGAGUAACGUAAUUUUUCUUACUGUUAUACAAAACGAAAACAAUGAAUAAUGAAGAUCUUUCAUUAUCUUGAAAAUAAAGCCGUAACAUUGAUUUGAUAAAAAUAAUAA